AUGGAGCAUAUUUGUCGUUCUGUGCUUCAAUUGGCAAUUGAUGCUACGCAUCUCCUCUGUGACGAAAUGCUAAUUGCACUUUCGACAACUUGUGAAUCGGGUCCAAACCCAUGCGCAUUCAGCCAGCUGAAGCUGCCCCCUCAUAAUACGCUUAAUCAGUUCUCAGAAAUCAAUAUUGACCUCUUGAAUCCUCCAUUUGAACCCGUUCGACCUCCAUUACAGUCAGGUCAUGACGGCCCAUGUAAUGUCAGAACAGCGGGACUGGUACGAAAGAUAAAUUCAUCUUCCCUUAUGCUCUUCAUGUCUUUCAUCAUCAGCUCACUCAAAGUUCUUCGUGUAUCCCCUCGAACACAACCCUCUUCCACUGAGGUAGAUACUGCUGGACGAAAAAAUUGGAUUUACGAUCCGUGUCUUGGAUUUUUUCCUCCAUUACUGCAGUGGGUCAUCGACGUAUGCGUCGUUACAACCCCUUCAACAAACAUGCGAAUUAGGCAGGGCCUCGGGCCUGCCUCGCCCUGUGACUUCGACUACGACUGA